AUGCGCAAGGUCGCUCAUCGUGAAGCUCUAAACUCAUCCCAGUGCGGCAACCAAAUAACGUAUUACAGAUAUUCAUCCAGGUCCCUGAAGCUGUACAUGCCGCUUCAUAUUCCUGAUGUUGUGUAUAUGGAAUACAUGGCUUUCUGUGUCUACGCUGCGUGGGCUCUAGCACGAGAGCGCGAGAUGAGGGAGGCCAAGAUGAAAGCGCAUGAGCAACAACAGCAAAUCGCAAGACUAGAACGUGAAUCCAGGCAGGCUACGCAGGAGGCGCAGUGGGCCCAGGCGGAGCAGGAGAAACGGGCGGAGCGGGCGGCCCAGUUUGCGCGGGCGAGCCAGGAGGAGCAGCGGGAGGCCGAUCGGAUAUUUAAGGACCCGGUUUGCCCCAACUACAGCCUCCGGGCUAGUACAGUGCUCAUCCGAGUCAGCUGUAGGACCAAGUUAAGGUCCCUCUGGGCCUACGGCUGCACCUCCGCCCCGCUGGGCUGGGACAGCCGUGACCUUACCGCCACCCGCGCGCUUGUUCCCAAGAUUGUCACGUGUGUAUUCAUAUCUCUGUGUGCUGGAAGGGGAGCUCAGCUGGCGAAAGGUGAACAUGACAGACGGGCGGAGCGGGCGGCCCAGACGCAGCGGGAGGCCCACAGGCAGCAGGAGGCCCAGAGGCGGCGGGAGGCCCAGGAGACGGAGUGGUCAAGAGAAAGAAACAUGAAUCAACAAGAACAAGAUAGACGGGCGGAUCGGGCGGCCCUGUCAGCGCGGGCGGCCCACAGGCAGUGGGAGGCCCAAAGGGAGCUGGAGGCCCGCAGGCAACAGGAGGCCCAGAGGCGGCGGGAGGCCCAGGAGGCGGAGUGGCAGUGGGAGGCCCAAAGGGAGCAGGAGGCCCGUAGGCAGCUCGAGGCCCAAAGGAAGCUAGAGGCCUACAGGCAGCAGGAGGCCCGCCGGCAGGAGGAGGCCCGCCUGCAGGAGGAGGCCCGCAGGCGGCGGGAGAGCUCAACGCAACUCGAGGCCCAAAGGGAGCUAGAGGCCUACAGGCAGCGGGAGGCCCGCCUGCAGGAGGAGGCCCGCCUGCAGGAGGAGGCCCGCCUGCAGGAGGAGGCCCGCCGGCAGGAGGAGGCCCGCCUUCAAGAGGAGGACCGCAAGCGGCGGGAGGCCCGCCGGCAGGAGGAGGCCCGCCUGCAGGAGGAGGCCCGCCGGCAGGAGGAGGCCCGCCUUCAAGAGGAGGACCGCAAGCGGCGGGAGGCCCGCCGGCAGGAGGAGGCCUGCCUGCAGGAGGAGGCCCGCAGGCGGCGGGAGGCCCAGUUGGCGGAGGAGCUAGAGGCCUACAGGCAGCGGGAGGCCCGCCUGCAGGAGGAGGCCCGCCUGCAGGAGGAGGCCCGCCGGCAGGAGGAGGCCCGCCUUCAAGAGGAGGACCGCAAGCGGCGGGAGGCCCGCCGGCAGGAGGAGGCCCGCAGGCGGCGGGAGGCCCAACUCGAGGCCCAAAGGGAGCAGGAGGCCCGUAGGCAGCUCGAGGCCCAAAGGGAGCAGGAGGCCCGUAGGCAGCUCGAGGCCCAAAGGGAGCAGGAGGCCCGUAGGCAGCUCGAGGCCCAAAGGGAGCAGGAGGCCCGUAGGCAGCUCGAGGCCCAAAGGGAGCAGGAGGCCCGUAGGCAGCUCGAGGCCCAAAGGGAGCAGGAGGCCCGUAGGCAGCUCGAGGCCCAAAGGGAGCAGGAGGCCCGUAGGCAGCUCGAGGCCCAAAGGGAGCAGGAGGCCCGUAGGCAGCUCGAGGCCCAAAGGGAGCAGGAGGCCCGUAGGCAGCUCGAGGCCCAAAGGAAGCUAGGGCAGGAGGAGGCCCGCCGGCAGGAGGAGGCCCGCCUUCAAGAGGAGGACCGCAAGCGGCGGGAGGCCCGCCGGCAGGAGGAGGCCCGCCGGCAGGAGGAGGCCCGCAGGCGGCGGGAGGCCCAGUUGGCGGAGUGGGCCCAAGCUGCCUAUGAGGUGCAGUAG